AUGCCCCAAGCCUGGCGAGUUUACCUGUGCGGCGCUGGCUCAAUUGCAUGGCGACAUGGCGUUGCGGCGGAAAGCCUGGGCGACGAUGUUCAGCUUUUUGCUGCAGACCCCUCGAAAGAUGCUCGGGAAGCAUUGCUCGCCAAAUUACCCAAAGCUACUGUCUAUGAAGAUGUAGAGACAAUGCUCGCCAGUUCCCCAGGGCAAGAGCGCGACAUAGUCGUGGUAGCCGUGCCUCCAUUCCUGCACCACGCAGCAACACUACGCGCGUUUCGAUCCAACCGCCAUGUUCUCUGCGAAAAGCCGCUGGCAACAUCCGAGAAGGAGAUGAAUGAGAUGUUAGCCGCUAGUGCUGAAGCCAAUAGAGUCUUUGGAGAGUGCAGCUUUCGAUAUCUCGGAAAUAAAGCUUUGGAUCGCGCCCGCCAUUUGAUCGAGACGGGUGGAAUAGGGUCUAUCUAUCAUGCCCGCUUUAUCAACCGCCAGCCAAGAGCUCGCGCGGGAAUCGAGUAUCAACCGUCGAGCAGAUGGUUUUUGGAGAAGGAGAAGUCUGGCGGCGGCAUCGUAUUCGACUGGGGCGUCUACGAUGUCACCAUGUUCUUCGACGUCCUCCGCCCAGUCGCUGCCACGGUCAACCAUGCCUGGCUGGCCACGCCAACUACCAGUGCUGACCCAUCUGGGACAGUCAUUUCUGUCGAGACACAUGCUGGCGCGUCUCUGACUUUGAAGCUUCAGGACGGCACUGUGAUCCCAUUCUACUGGGAGCGAGCAAGCGGUUUCCAUGGAGACGCCCAGGUCGCUCUGAGUAUCGACGGCACGGCUGGUGGUCUGACAUGGGAAUGGGUCCCGACUUUUGACUACAAGGAUGAAGUCGAUGAGCUAGAGCAAGGCUUCAAGCUGGUGCACUAUAUCGACAACAACGGCAAAGUAGAGGCUAAGGAAGAGAAGUUUCCUGCUUUCGGGUGGGAGGACGCGAAUCAACGCCCCUUACUGUCCUUUGUCGAUUUAAUCGAGGGACGCGACAGCGUUGCUCUCUCCAGGAGCAGGCUCGAGUUCAAUUUUGGUGUCGUAUCAGCUAUCUACAAGUGUGCCUCCGAGGGCAAACCCGUUCAUGUUCAAUUGAAGUAA